GCCAGAUACAGCUGUUCCUGGGUUGAUCUGCAGAUCUCAAUUGGUGACCUUCAGCAGCUUUCUUACGACAGCUAGUGUCUCAUCCUGUGCCAGGGCAGCCUUGGAGUGGGAGAGCGACCCUGUGGAGUGCUGAGGGGUUUCAUUUCAUCUGUAGAGGAUGCCUGCGACCAACGAAGCUGAGAUGAUCCUCCCCAAGGAGCCUGUCUCUGGGAAAGAUGCUCCUGUUGUGCUGAGUCACACGGCAGGGCCCAAGCUCGCAGACAUAAAGAAGGUAGACCUGGAAGACAGCCCAAGCCUGAAGAGGAAGGAUGGGGGCACGUCUAGCAGCCACAGGUUCAAGGUGGUGUCGCAGCUCGUGAUUGCAAUGAGGAGAUUCCAAGCCUCCCUGAACCCCACGUACACAUAUGGAAAGCGGCCUGCAUCCAGCAACAGCUCUGGUGGCGCUGUGGCUGCCAGCUUCAAGAAGUCUCCUGAACACACGCAGGAGGUGACUUCGGGAUCCUUCGCGCGGCAAUUCUCGCGGCCGGGCGAGCCGGGGGCGCCAAAGGUGGCUCGCAACCACAACUUCCACGGCAACAAGACAAGCUUUGUCUUCCGGGCGCUGCCGCCACACCCGGACGAGGACCCAGAGCAUGCCUCGCUGCAGCACCUGCCCAGCGGCAAGAGUGUCGCCAAUGGCACCUCCUGAACCUCGUGACUCUGUUUAGACACCCAAUGGCCAAGGCAGCAGUGGCUCUCCAGGGCUGCGAGAGUAUGCAUGUGUGCUUCCAUGUGAUUUUGAGUGGGUCAGUGGAAUGAUCCCAGAUGGCUUGUGAAAGGUGUACUCUUGGGAAGCCUGGUAGCAAUUCUUGGAAGGUAAUGGGUGAUUCGCACAGCCAAGACACCUGCUCAAGAGGAGCACAGCAGUUGUUGACAUCAGCAUCCCACUUGACUAAAAGCCCUGUACGUCAGAAUGCAGUAUCAGUAUAAGGAAUUGUCAUCUGAUGAAGUACGAUGAAAAUGUCUGUUAUCUAAAAUAUAACACUGUCUUGCAAUGAAUGUUGUGUUUUGUAGUUGCAGCAAAGCUAUUUUUUGUACUCCUUGCUUGCUGGAAGUAAUGUCUUGAAGUGUGUUUUUCAUAUAGUCUCAUUUGGUACCAUGUAUUUUACAAUAAUGUUUGUUCGGCUUUUGAAGCCUGGCUGUGUCUGGAACACAUUUAUCAGUAUCGUGACCAUUUAAUCUUGUCUACAAG